CCCCCCCAACAAAAAAAAACAAAAAAACCCGAACCCAUGGCAGCAAGUCUCAGAGCCCCCAGCAACUGACGCGAGCUCAUGUGACGGUUAAAAAGAGCAGUGUAGAAGUGCCCACUCAGGCUGGAGCCCCCACUUUUGGGUUUCAGAGCUCGGGCAUCAGUGCAGCUGGGAGCGUCUACACAGCUAGCUGUUUUUAGCUCCAAGCCAGCAUCAGCUGACCUAGGUUAUGAGACUUGCUGCCGUGGCGUUUUGUCUUUUGUUUUUGUGUGCAGUGUAGAUGUACCCUCAGUGUCCAUGCUGUGACUCUGAGUUAAGAGCCACACCAGGUUAGACCUCCCACACUUAGGGAAUGGCUUCUUCCCUUAUAGCCGUAAAACCCCUCUUGUGCUGGUGAAGUGGCUGCUCUUGCUUCCUUGGGAGCAGCAGCGCAGAAUUUGCUGUGAAGUCCACUGACAAUCUUUGUAGAUCUGUUCUCUGCAGUAAGUAAGCAUUCAGCAGGUAUGGUCACACCAGCAAAACCUCAGAUAAGGCUGCCUGCUAUAGCUGCAGCUGGGUUUAAGCAUAGACUGUAGUCGGGUGUCUCUUAUCACCAGCAUGCAGGACCUUUCCUGUGUGAGUUGAGCUCACUUAGCCACACCUCUGGCUGCUCUGGGUGAUGGGAGCAUAUUUGCAUUAUGAAAUUAUCAGCAAAAACACCCUUGUACUCUGUCAGCAACUCCUCAUGUUUACACAGUUACAGGUAACCUGGUUCCAAUCUCUGUGUAGACAUGACCUUUGAGUCCUAGACUUGUCUUAGGUAGGGUAUCCCUUGGUGAAUGAUGGACUUUGGAAAAACUUCAUUCUGGACAGCUGUGUUUUUUUACAGUAAAUGGUUAUUGUGAAACUUUGCCACACUCACGUGCAUGGGAGCAAGACUGAGGGAUGAAAUAGCCUGUCAGUGCUUUACCCUGCCCAAGGGAGGAGGAGUCUCCCUAAGGCACUUGCCCUUGGGAGUGUGUGACGCAUACUGAGCUGACCAGAAAGGAAGAAAGCUUCUGAAGGUUCUAUGCACAAACCUUACCCGGAAGAGGAAUAGCUGCAGGGACAGCUUGGCUUCUGUUUGAACUUCAGAUAAUCCCGGGGGGGACGUAUUAAAAUGAAGAGCCCUAGGACUUUUGAGGAGCAAACCGAGUGCAUUGUGGAGGCACUUCUCGCUGAUCUCUUAGGGGAAGAUGAAGGGACUGCUUUCCACAGUCUGGAGACAGACUCUUUUGCUGAGUCACGCACAGGUUGUACCUCCUUUCCCUGUCUCUCUGUCGUCUUAGAACUUCAGCUCUCUGCAGGAGCAGAAGCUUCAAGUACCUUUGAUUCGGUUAUUAUUGCCAGUCAUCUGCGGAGACUGGGAGAUGAAUAUAACGAGGACCUGGAGCGGCCUGCCCAGCACAUCAUUGCCGAGGUGGCUAAGGGAAAGGUAGAGGAAUUUGGAGUCAUGGUGCAUUCUCUCAGCAAGAGUUGGAGCAGCCUGAAUCCUGAGCUGGGCUAUGAGAGAGCUUUUCUGGCAGUGUCUGUGAAAUUGUUAGUGUACCUUUCCCGGAAAGUUCCAGCUGUGGCCCGUCAAAUCCAGCUUGUGCAACUGAUUAAUGGGAACCGUGAAGUGAGAGGAUACAUCGAGACCCGUGGUGGCUGGGAGAACUUUGGAAACUGAUGGAAAAGGCUACACUGCCUCCAAGGGAAUGAAAUGGCAGCUUUCAGUGACUUGACUUAAAACUAUUAAACUGUUUUCUGAAAACUGUUUUCCCAGCCAUCAGCCUUUCUACUUCCCUCUGCCCUGAAGAUCGAUACAGUCAGUAAUUGGGACACCUCAACAUGUAGCUAUUCUUCCACACCAGAUGUGGCUCUCUUGUUCUUGCACUUAUUCAUUUAUUUACAAAUCAUUUGUAGGAUUGAUUUUGUUUCCCUCUAACAUAGGCUGUAAAUGCAACUUUUAAGUGUGAGGACUCACAAUGACACUUUUUUGUUCUGCCAGCUUUGGUGCUGAACUCCUACCCUGCAACCCCAAAGGGAGAGGGAGCCAGAGACGGCUGCCUAGUAUAAUGCUGGGAAACAUGGAUGGGCAGGGUGUGAACUGGCUUGAGGGAAAGUAGCUGUGCUGCUAGUUGAUUUAAUAGGGCAGUUGCCCUUACAGCCUCUCAAAGGAAAGAUGUCAUUUAAAAAUCAGGUUGCAAACAAGUGUCUCUCUCUGUUACUAACACACCCUAGAUCACUGGAAGGGAAAGAAUAUCAAUAUCCAGUUUGUCAUUUUUAUGCAUUUUAUUUGCUAUCUGCAUUUCUCUCUACUUAGACAAUGGCAUCAGUUUCACUGGCGUAGAGUUACAGUUACAAGAAGGAUUGCUUUUACAAAAUUUAAAUUUGACAGAAAUGUCUCUUUGGGGGAUAGAGAGAUCUGUUGCCACUCAGAAAACCAGGCAAGAGUUCUGCAGAAGUACUUCGAACUGGAUUUGUGACAAAAAUCCAAUAACUCUGCCAUUUUGCUUGUUUUUUGCUAAUCUGUAACUAACCCUGAAAUCCCCCAAAGGCUUUGCUUUGCUGUCUGUCUGUCCAGGGACACUCAAUCUGAGAUUUUCACUAUUGGUACAGAAUCUUUUGCGUGUCUAAGAAGUUUAGGGGGUUUUGCUCCUCUCAUAUCUGGUUCCCAGUAUGAAGUCUUCUCCUUUCUGCCACUGCUGACUCACUCUGGGUGUUUGGGUCCUGUCACCUGGAGAAGUUUCACUAGGAAGUUGCAUAAGGUGGAGCAGUUUGGCAUAGUGGAUUUUUUUUAAAGGCUAAUGGAGUUGGAGCCCCUUGACCCUGUCUCCUAGCAGUGAUUCCUGGUGGGGCAGGACUAGGUACUCUGGCCUGGAUCUGGGGAAGCCUGGCUGGGAAGGGUUGAUCCCAAAUAUACACACAGGCAUUCUUUGUCUAGGAACCUUAUGUAGGUUUCAGAUUAAUGUGAUGAGCGCACAAGCUAACUGAACCUGUUCUGUGUGCACAGCAUCUGUCAAAAGCAUUUUUAGAACAUAGAGUGCAGCUUACAUGCAAAAGAGAGAGUUAUAAAUGUGACUGGAAACUGUGGAUUUUGCAUAUGUCUUUGUUGCUAGAACAGUCUGUGUAUUCAGAGUUUAUCAAGACAUUGCUUCCUGUAUGCUGAAUGGUGUACAGAGAAGUGUGGUCUCUUGGGUGACCCAGUGUGCUGGAGGUGUCCAGAUGUUCUACUGAUAACAGGUCCAGAUGACUGCACCCUCCUGUGCCCCGGGGGUAGGCAAUAUCGCAUUGCUGGUGAUGGCUUGGAAAUUAGACUUCACCAAAGAUCAUGCGAGUCUCUCUGACCUUCUCUUGGUGGGAUGAUGGAGGGGGGCACUUCAAAGAUUCUGGAAAUGAAGUCUUAAAAACAAAAUAUUUGUUUGUUUUAAUCUAAAACCAAAGGAUAUUUUUAUUGUAAUGUGCUUUCUAACUGUGUUUGUACCCUGCACUCAAACCCACUCAGAGCAGCCCUGUAUGAAACUCAGCAGGUGGUCAGGUAGGAUAGAUGCUGCAUAGCUACCUGCCCUUGUAUACAGAAGAUCAGCAGAAUAAUUAUAGAUGUAUCAUCCUGGCACAUUAGGAGUUGAAUCUUGUACUAUGGAAAAAUAAUUUUCCUAGAUUCCCAUGCAGGUUCCAGAUUUGAGUUAUACUCAUGAUCCAUGAAUAAUUUGGGCCUCUUAAAUAUUUCUUGAAUGGGCAUCUUUUUUAGUGGACAUAAGGGUAUGGUUGGGUCAAGCUACAAGCAGGCAGCUCACUCUUAAAGAAGCAUGACAUUCUCAUUUAUCAAGGAUUUGGGACAAAUUUAUAAUCCGUGGGUACCUUUGAUUUUGUUAAUACGAUUUUACUGGUAGUUUUUUUUUAUAAUUCAAAGUAUCCAUAUUUUAAUCAAAUUAUCUCCAGGCUUAUGGUAUAUAAAGGAAGAGGAAACAAUUGGUACGGUGUCAUGACCAUGAUGUAUCACAAGAGCAAAGUAUCAGGUUUUUGUAGCAAAGAGCUGCAACUCACUACAGUAUUAGUCUUAGGACUCAACUUCUGUUGGUAAAUUUUGGUAUUUGGUUUUGUUUUUUAAACCUCAUGCCAAAACCACAUGAGAAAACAGUUCCAUUGAUAUGAACAGAAAUGUAAAGCAAUUAAAAUUUUACACUUAAAAAACUUCAGAAAAUUAGUAUACCAUAUGUUAAGAGCUGGGGAUCAAAGAUUUACUGCUUGGGAGUAAGUAUAUCAGAGCGCACACUACUGGCAAUACCCAGAAGCAGUGUUCUAGAGAGAGCUGCUAGCUUCCAGCAGUGCAGAAGCAGGAAACUGCUUCUGUUUAGUAAAUAAGCUUUUUUUUUCUUGAUGAUAGGUUUAAAAAGCUUCAGUAGAAAUGGAAAUUGUCUUUAUAAAUAUUAUAAAAUAUUUACAGCAAAUAAAAAAAAUAAAAACCUACCUAGUCUCUCAAGUCACAUUUGAGCAUAUAUUUGUAAAAUGCACAUUAAUAAUAUUUUAAUACCUAGCUUUUAUAUAGAAUUCUACACACGAGCAUCCUUUGCUUGACUGUUUGGUAGAGAAUUGUAACACUGUUAAUUGUGCUAUAGAACUGAAUGAAAACUGUGUUUACAGUUAAAAGAAACUCACCACUUUUCUAUGUCCUGUUGCUCUGAAUGAUAAUUAAAGAUGCUACUAGAAUAACCAGGAACAACCAGCGCAGAAUAGCCCAUGGAACUGGGAUCCAACUGCUAAGGCAAAAGAGGACAAUAAAUCAUUUUGAGUAGCCACUGUGGAAAUACUGGAUCUGCAGGUAAAAGAUGCUUUUAAGAAACAUUUAAUACAACAAGCACAAGUUCAACUGGAGGAGAUUUUUUUCAAAAAUGCCCACGGAAUUUAGGAGCGCAAGUCACAUUGUUACCAUUUGUUUUUCAAACAGCGGUGCUGACUUCUGUUGUCCCAUUUGUUGCCCUUACUUCUAAAUAGAAACAUGGGGAUCUCCAUAGUGGAUCAGAACAAUGGUCCAUCUAGUAAGGUAUCCUGGCACCAGCCGAGGCAAGUAACAGAUGUCUUACAGGAAAGUUCAGGGAACCCAGUGAGGCAAUUAUGGAAUAUCCUGCCCACCUAGAAGUCUUUCCUUAACCCUGGGCAGUUCAGUGAUCAGCCUGUGCCCUGAAGAAUAUGAUCCUCUUUAUAAUUUAUUACAGUCCUUCCUUCUGUAACUGAAAGUUCUCAAUGUCCAUAUACGUGCUUGAUCCUUUUUUGAGUCUUGUCAAGCUCUUGUCCUCUCUGACACUUUGAUGCAGUGCUCUGACAUUUGGAUCAAGUUGGCAAUUUCAUUCCCUAUUAAAUCUCUUCUGUACUGAUUUUCUUUCUAUCAUGUCUCUUUCCAAUAUUCCCAGUGUGUCAAUCGCCAUGGUACCUAGGCACAAAUAUUCUCACCAUGUUAGCUACAGUUUGAAAUGUCUUUAGACAGAAAUUUCCAUUAGGAUUUCUGAGAGAAACCCUAUCUAACCAGUAGGAACCCACAGUUGUGAUGGCUGGUACCUACUCUUCUGUGCCAGGAUGACUAGAGGAGUUGGAGCAAGGUGCUGAAUAGCCUGUGAAGGGUGUUGAAGGCAUCUCAACUGUGAACACUGGGGUUGUUCUUAUACAGUUGUAUGAUUCACCAUCUGUAAUAAAAACAUACAAUUGCUUGUAUAGAAUCCAAUGCAUAUCCACUUGGCAUUUGACAUUUCAUAUUCUCCCCUUAAACUACAAGAAGGGCAAAGAAAAUAAUGUACAUUACAUUGAACAGUUCUCUAGUUACUUAAGAAAAUUAAACCUUCCUGUCUGUUACAGCUAAGGGGCAUUCUCCUUUAACUCAAGGGGUAAAGAUGUGGUAUUUGUGGGAGCAAAAUGUCUGACAUUCUGUUCCCCAUGCUGCAGAUGUGCCGGUAUUGUUUGCACAUGUACUAGGUGUCUAAGGAUGAGUACAAUAGGCAAUAUAAGAAUGGGGAGACGAUACUGCUGUAUUUGUAGCUUGAUUCCUUUCUGCUUUUGGGGGGUCCAUAUUUAGUAGGCAUAACUUAGUGUGAGAGGAGUUUAACAUGUAUUUUACAGAUUUUUUUUUGCCUAUUAUUUAUUAAUCAGUCCAUGAAGCUAACACUGAAAUAAAAACACUACCUGUUAAUUGUAA